GGAAGACAGGGUUUUCAAUGGACAUGCAGCUUUUAAAGUUGUGUGAGAUAGGUUGCAUUCAGAGUAAGGAAGGCUUGAAAGGCAGGAAGGGCAUUUUCCUCUUAGCAGUGGAAGGAGCUUCCUAACAGCCCUCAUUGCUUGCUUUCUGCCUGGCUCACUGCUUUUUCAGCAAGUUCUGGGAGGACUAUGUCCUGGGGUUCCGAAAAGGGCUGGGGAAUGUCAAGGCAAGGAUAAGGCACACAAGCUCUCUGGAGGAAAAGGGAGGCUCCUCUGCACUUCCCCUUCCUGCAAGUCCUCCUGGUUUUUCAUGAUGUCAUCCAUUCAUCAUUGUGAGCUGACUGGCGGUCCCAGGGCUUGGCCAGCUGCCCAAGGCCAGGAGGGGAGAGAGAGAUCCCAGGACAAAUGUGCAGCAGGCCCCUGAGCAUGUGUAGAAAUGUUGUCAUCAUUUCCACAUAGAAAGACUUGGAGGAAUUCAAAGAAGACAGUGAAAGUCACAAGAUCCUAUCCAACCUUCCCUUCCCUGAAUGCCUGGGAAGAAUUCAGGGGCCUCUUGCCUGUGGAUGAAGAGCCGAACCCUGGAGUGGGCCUAGGUGUGGAGGAGGGACUGCUCUGCCAGGUGGUUCAUUCUCCAGAAUUCAACCUGUUUCCUGACUCCGUGGUGUUUGAAAGCAACUUCGUCCAGGUCAAAAGGGGCAGGAAUUGGAGAGACAUCUACAAAGCCUCCAACACCAUGGCCCUGGGGGUGACCUCCUCCGUGCCCUGCCUGCCCCUCCCCAACAUCCUACUCAUGGCCAGUGUCAAAUGGCACCAGGGGCAGAACCAGACAUGGAACAGACCAUCCACAGCCCCCAACAUCUUCCUGAAGAGGAUUCUCCCAUUGAAGUUUGUGCAGCUCCAGGUAUGUGAUCACCAUCAACGCAUCCUGCAGUUGAGGACAGUCACUGAGAAGAUUUAUUACCUAAAGCUCCACCCUGACCAUCCUGAGACUGUCUUCCACUUCUGGAUCCGACUGGUUCAAAUUCUGCAAAAGGGGCUGUCCAUCACCACCAAAGACCCUAGGAUUCUUGUCACUCACUGCCUGGUACCCAAGAACUGCUGCAGCCUCUCAGGAGAUUUGAAGUUAGUACAGAAGAAACUCCAAGCCUCCCAGCCCAGCGAGAGCCUCAUUCAACUAAUGACCAAGGGGGAGAGCGAAGUCCUGUCUCAGAUUUUUGCCGACUUACACCAGCAGAACCAGUUGAGUUUCAGGAGAAGCAAAAAGGUGGAGACCAACAAGAACAGCUCAGGGAAAGAUUCUUCCCGUGAAGACAGCAUCCCUUGCACCUGUGACCUACGUUGGAGGGCUUCAUUCACGUACGGAGAGUGGGAAAGAGAGAACCCCUCCGGCCUGCAGCCCCUCUCACUACUCAGCACUCUGGCAGCCUCCACCGGGCCACAGCUGGCCCCACCCAUAGGAAAUUCUAUUUGAGCCACCCUUCCGCACUGGGAAGAAUCUAUGCAAGCCUCAUCAACACCACUUUGCAGCAUUCAGCUGCUGAGGGAUUAUCAGGAUGGAGAGGAGGAGAAAACUGCAACCAAGGAAAAAUAGAGUCAUCUCACGGUGACAGCAGAGCCUUUCCAGCUGUACAUAACCACGUCCUCGCCACUGCACCUCAGCAUACGCCACCUCCGUGCCACUGCCAGAGCUGGCCUAGCAAGAUACGCUCUCAGAAUGGCUGGGCCCAAGAGAUGGAGGAAAGGAGAGAAAGGGAAGUAGGACCAGAAAAGUGGAAGAAAGCAAAAUGGAGGUGACGAGAAAGGUGGCGGGAGAAAGUCAAAGCAGAUGAGAGACACAAAGAGAAGUGGUAACAGGAAAUGGAAGAGACUUGGUAGACGAGAUAAGGAGGACAAGAGAAGGGACACACUCCUGAGAGAUGCUCACCAAGCUUCUAUUUACCUAAUAUAAAACUUGAAAGUAAAGCCAUAAACAAAAAAAAGAAAUAUGUUUUCUUCCCUGCUCAGACCAUUCGGGACAAAUGUGAACUGCCAGACACCUUCCAUUUCCCUUUCUGUCUGUUUUUCUUGCUAGUUCCUGUCUUCUGAUUAAAGCUUCCUUCCUUCUUUGUUGGCCUGUUCCCUAA